AUGGCCUCCAACGAUCCAAGUGGGACACCGCCAGCAGAGGGUUCUUCCUCGAACUCGGAGUCGCAGUCGGCAUACAACGACCUGAAACGCCUGAUCCCCUCGCUCGCUGCAGAACUGGAACUGCUCAGGACCUCGCUGCGCGAACACAGCCUGUGGCUCCUCCGAUAUGGCCACACAAACAGCCUCCCUGGGGCACCCAGGGCAGGACCCUCCGGCCAGACAAGAACACCACCACCGCCAACAACAACAAGCACCGUCCAGCCGCCCACCGUGCACUCGGACCAGGAUCGGUACAUCGAGCCACGGCCCAUCCCUCCCCCGCCAGGGCCGCAGCAGCAACCUCCACAGUCAUCCUCCUCGCUAGCAUCGUCGUCGUCAGCAGCAGCAGCAGCAGCAGCAGCCUCACAGCACCUCCCGCCGCCGCCGCCGCCACCACCUCCCACUGGCGACCAGGAAGCCGAGCUCCCGGGCUACUCGGCCUCGGACCUGCCGCCCUACACGGGCGGGUUCAGCACCGUGUCGGCCUCGACGCGCGAGGAGGUGCGCCAGCGCCGCGACCAGCUGACCGAGUGGCUGCGCGAGGGCGAGGACGUGCUGCGCGAGUACUCGGCGCGCUUCGCCCAGCUGGCCGAGGAGCUGGGCCAGCCCGUCGAGGACCCCCUUGGCACCUGGCACAACGCCAACCCGGACAACGCCCUGCCCGACUACCAGCAGGUCGAGGAGCGCGAGGAGCUGAUGGUCGGCGGCGUCGGGGAGGUGCCGCCGCCCUACCUGGGCGAGAGGCCGACGCCCAAGGGCGGGCAGGGGUGA